ACCAGUUAUAGGGUAAUUCAAAAAGUCGUAAAAUCUGAACGAGCUGUUUCGCUUUAAAGGCAGCUCGGAAAUGAGUCGUUAUAGUCUGCGGCCACGUCUCCCAGCCCAUAAAAUGACGAGACUCCAGCCUGACAAAAAACGUCUCAAAAUGGCUGUCCCGUUUGGGUAACCAACAUCCUUGUCAGCCCAAAAAUCCAGAGCCAAAACUUUUAUCAUGGUGAACGUGAUAACGUUGAAGAAUCCAAUCUCCGGGUCCGACUUUUACGUCUCGGGCGACGAUCCCAAGGACUAUUUUUGGGACAUCCAUUGCACCGAUGGGUCCAUCCGCAUCGAUGCUCGACCCAUGUGGAUUGCUAUCCCUAUCUUACGUCGGGUUUUGGGCUCGAUUCCCGGGGGAAUCUGGAUGUAUACGGAUGUGGCUCUGUCGUUUGCGGAUGAAAGAGUGGAAGUGGUGCAAGCUGCUCUGGAACUACUUUUAUUAGGCGAGACUUCCGUUACCGAAGCCGAACUUUUGACGGAUAUUAAUGGGGUGAUGAGGGCCUUUGGCGUUCGCAAUGCGGCCUUGAUGGAAUCUCGUCCCCAGAGUUCACAAACGGAGAGCCCCCCUCCGAUUUCACCGCGCCCUCAGACUUCAGCUACCUCGCUCGAAGGACCCACUUGUCCUCGUUCACCCCGGCCUCGAUUUGAAGUAGCCACCGAGGCCAGUAAACUUGCUGCUCUGGCUCACAGCUCCCUCAAUGAGCAAAGUGUGAUCUGCGGGCUAUGUAGACUAGAGUUCCCGAUAUCCACUUUUGAAAGCGGCCACUUGGCCGGUCAGUUUAGACAGAAUCAUUUUGACACGUGCGCGUUGAAUCAUGCCUCAAAUACGUCGGUGAGCGAAUCCGAAGGUGAUGAAUCAAAUGAGGAACAGGGGAAGGGCGAUAAGGCCGACGAAUUGGAGGAUAUCAUCCAGAAUUGGACUAAGGCGCGAGCUCAACUCACGUCCAGUACCCGGAGGACCUUUGAAGAGCCCGAUAUUGACGCACUGAGGGCCGAGUUGAAGGCCUUGGAGGACUCCAAAUUGGUGGCCAAGGGGGAAAAAAUCCAGUGUGGCCUCUGCCGAAAGGUCUUGGUCGUAUCAGGGGCUCGGCGGUCGUUCCAAGGCAAGAUCCAAUACUUUAAGAAGAAACAUUACUACCCAAAUCAUUUCCCACAGAUUGCGUCGGCGUGUUCAUCGAUAUCGGAUCCAGGGGCAACCUCCAAUCCUGAGUCCAUUGGCCAGACCCUGGCCCUGGCUUUAUUGUUCCAAUGUCGGAGAUGUGACCGAGAGUUCAAGAGUGGUUUAGAGCUCAAGAGCCACUUUCAAAACGAAUGUGAUGGACCGAAGACGAACCCUCCCGGAGGGCCUUUCCAAUGUCAUUUGUGUCCGCAGGCUUUAUUCGAUGAGAUCGAUAUCGCCCUGGACCACUACAAACGUCAGCAUGAGGCGCACAUCUAUCAAUGUCCACGCUGCCCAAUCCUAUUCAAGACCAACACGAAACUCAAGUAUCAUCUCAAUAGUCACAAAGCCAAAACCCAGGAGCUGAGUCCGGAUGAGGCGGGAUUGAAGACGUGUGAUCUCUGCGAUCAGACCUUCUGCAACAAGGAAACCCUACUGAGACACGUGGCACGGAUCCAUCCGGAAAUGGCUCGAUUAAAGUACAAGCUAUUGAAUUGUCCGGUUUGUGAGCAACUCUUCCUGUCCAAGACCUACUUGGACGAUCACAUGAAGCAACACGAGCCUCGGGCCCAAUUCUCGUGCGAUCGUUGUGGAAAGGCGUAUUUUUGCAAGGAUAGUCUCCUUACACAUGUGAGGCGGAAACACUGACGGUGUGCAUGCAGUUACUAAACAUUGCGUUCAUUUUCAUAAGGCAAAUAAUCAAGAUCAUUACACACCAGCAGCAUAAUGUGGGUUGACAUAAUUGACAAAAAGAAACAAGGAUCGAAUGGGGGUUGGAGAUGACGAUUUAGACUUAAUCUCAACAGAGGCCUCAAGAUCUACAGUAGUUACGAAAAGAUAUAUCCAUAGUUGAUAGAUU